AUGGCUGCCGAAUGGGCAAACUACCUCAAGUACGUGGUGUGCAUGAAUACCGUCGGGCCGAAAAUCCACCUGUGCAACAGAAACAUAACUGCCAUCCUGGAGACGAGCUCCGAGGUCGCCGAACAGAAGCACAAGAUCGGCUAUGCAUGCUGUACGUUCGCGACAUACCAGCAAUGUGUCAAGGAUUCCAUUCGAGGUAGCUGUUCUGACGACCACAUAACCUACGCCGAAGGCAUCGUGCACCAGUACGCGGGAGACAUACUGGACGCCGUGUGCACGAAGUACCGGCCGGGUGGAGAGGGCUGCAAGUCCUUGCCGGUCAUCGAGCCCACCCAGAAGCCAAAGACAAAGUCUCUGCUGCCGCCGCUCAGCGACAUUCUGAAGACAUUCGGCUAAUCAUGAGCGAAAAUUUGUCGAGCAUUUAGUGGAGGUCGGACGACGGUAACUCACUCUCGCGC